GACGUGCCCAUGCACGUAUGCAUUGUCAUUCUUUCUUCAUGCCACCAGCAUUCAAAUAAGGAGUUGAAAAGCAGCGCUUAUCUUAUCGAUAAGAUACGUGACCGGCGACGUCAUCGGCCGACUGCCGCUGAAAUGGCUUGCUGCUGCUGCUGCUGCUUCUUCUUCUGCUUCUCCUUCUUCCCUUUUUCUUCUCCCCGAUCCUAUUCCCAUCUCCCUUCGCGCGUGUGACACUCGAGACGAUGGCUCCCGUGCCUGCCUCGCUGCUACGUGCCCUCGCCAUUCCCGAUGCCGCCAAAGCCAGCCUGUCCACCGCUGGACUGGGGUCUGGCUUCACCAGCACCGGUGCAAUCCGCGCCACGGUGCCCGGUCCCAACGCAUCGGGGGAAGAGGAGCGACGAUACUUUGUCAAGACCUCUGCCGACGGUGAGGCCGCGGAGGAGAUGUUCCGUGGGGAGUACGAAUCGCUCAAUGCGAUCGCAACUUCGGUGCCGGGAUUUUGUCCGCGCGCUCUCGCCUGGGGCCCGCUGGAAGAAGGCACCGGGACAAGCUUCUUUCUAGCGACCGAGUUCCUAGACCUCGGCGUAAGUGGCCGUGGAGGCGUGUCAUUGGCACAGCGACUAGGCAAGCUACAUUCGACGCCUGCGCCGCUUGAUCCUGAGACGGGCAGCCGCCGGUUCGGAUUCCCUGUGCCGACGUUCUGCGGGGACACGAGACAGCCCAACCGCUUUUGCGACUCGUGGGCCGAUUUCUAUGCCAACGAGCGGCUGCUGACCAUUCUGGAGACGUCGGAAAUCCGGAAUGGGCGCGAUGCUGGUUUGCGGGAUAUGGUGGAGCGGACGGCGCGAACGGUGGUCCCAACGUUGCUGGGGGAUGGACAUUUAGGCUACGACCGGGAUGGCAAUGGGGAAGGCGUCACGCCUGUCGUGGUGCAUGGGGACCUGUGGAGUGGGAAUGCAGAUCGCGGCCACAUUGUGGGCAGCGGUCGGAAGGAUGAUGAGGAGGCCGGGGACGUGGUCUACGAUCCGUCGGCAUGCUACGCGCACAGCGAGUAUGACCUGGGGAUUAUGAAGAUGUUUGGGGGGUUUGGAUCGGCAUUCUUUACCGCAUAUCACAAGAUCGUGCCCAAGACCGAGCCGGUGGAGGAGUAUGAGGACCGGGUGAGGUUGUACGAGCUGUGAGUGUCGUGUCCGUCUGCUGGUGUUGAUCGUGGGGGAAUUGCUAACAGUCCAGGUAUCAUCAUCUGAACCACCAUGCGAUCUUUGGUGCUGGGUACCGAUCGGGGGCCGUGUCGAUUAUGCAGAAGUUGCUGAGGAAGUACGGGGAGUAAUUAAUUAAUGUUGGGCUUUGGAUGGAAU